AUGGAAGAUUCGUCUGAGCCCCAACUUCUUAAAGAGGCUGAAAAUCUGAAAAGGAAUUUAGUUACUUUUAUGAGUGAGCACUUUGAAUCAAUUCCUACGUUGAAUAUUAAAAUACGCCGUGUACUAAAAGGACAUCAAGGCAAGGUCCUUAGUCUUGCAUGGUCUUUGGACAAAAGACACAUUGUUAGAUGGAAAACUUCUCAUAUGGGAUGCCUUAACAUCUACAAAAGUUUAGAUAAUAAAUGCACAAUGUAUCCUGUAUCGAUGGAUGAAGAUCCAGCUCUUAGAAAAAAAUUAGUCGCAACUCACAGUUCCUAUCUUUCUUGUUGCUUAUUUAAUUUGUCCGAUCACCAACUUUUAACAGGAAGCGGUGAUAGCUCCUGUAUUCUUUGGGAUGUUGAAUCUGCCCAGAUGAUUCAAAGUUUCCAUGGCCAUUCUGAUGACGUCAUGUGCAUUGAUGGGUCACCUUCAGAAUGUGGUAAAGUCUUUAUUUCUGGAAGCUGUGAUCGUUGCGCAAACGUCUGGGAUAUCCGCAGUGGGCAAUGUGUCCAAGUAUUCCAGGGCCACGAAUCAGAUAUUAACUCAAUCAGAUUUUUUCCAAGCGGGGAUGCUUUUGCAACCGCCUCUGAUGAUGCAACCAUACGAUUAUUUGAUCUUCGAACAGAUCGUGAACUAUGCGUUUACAAAAAGGACAGCGUGAUUUUUGGAUGCAACGCAGUUGACUUUUCUCUCAGUGGUAGGUUGCUUUUCGGGGGAUACAAUGACCAUGCAUUGAAUAUUUGGGAUACUCUCAAAGGAAAACGAAUAGUUAUUCUUUAUGGGCACGAAAAUCGUGUCUCGGCUCUUCGCACCUGUCCCGAUGGAAAUGCAAUCUGCACUGGCAGCUGGGAUAGUACUUUACGUUGGGCACAUGUACUUGAAAGUUCUUAG